CCCCGCAAACGAACUUCUUCCCCAGAAGCUCCAUGCGCUUCCUGGCCUAGUCAGUUGCCCAGGCACCCCCCUUCGCGCUAUGGCGGCCACAGCGAUGGUAGGGCUGCAUUCGGCGGCCUCGCUCUCCCUCCCGCGCCACCACGGGCUGCGCUCUGCGCCGUCCCGUUCCGCCUCUCUCUCGGGAAGCGCAAAGCUACACGCGUUCGCGCGGCCGUCAUGCCGCGCAUCGCGGGCGAUCCGAGCCUCCUCCGACCAAUCGCCCCAGGGAAGCAGCGUGACUAACCAACCAGCCAUUGCGGAAACCUCGGAGGCCUCGGAGGUUCUGACGGCGUCAUGCACACGGCGAUCGGCGAUCCUCGCUGGGCUGGUCGCGACAACAUGCGGGGAAGCCGGGGCCCAACUGCUCGCCUCCCCGCUCUCUGCAGCAGCAGCAGAAGCAGCAGCAGCAGCCAUAGCCGCCGAUUCCCAAUCCGUAAUCUUUUCCACGCAGCAGGACGUGAUCAACGCGUGCGCGUACGACUACCCGUUGAAACUCGCGGAUCCUGUGGGCAGUAUAGUCUGGAUCGAGACGCGCAAGCCGGAGCGCUACUCCUCCGCCGCGCCGCUCUCCCCCGACGCGCGCCUGCGCAUCGUGUCGGAGCGCCUCGUCCCGAUCCGCUCGCUCGUCAUCACCGUCUCCGUCUCGCCGCCGAAUCCGGCGUUCCUCCCGUCGCCGCCGCCGCCAGCGACGGAUCUCGAGGCCGGCAAGGCCUCAGGCUGGACAGCCGUGAACGUUGCUCGGUCGAUCCUGGCCGAUCGUACGUCGCCCCGCAUGACGUCGAUCCAACGGCUGCAGGAGACGAUCCUGGGCGACGCGUACGAGGAGCUCCGGACCGCGGACGGCGCGACGCAGCCGAUUAAGUACUACCUGUUCGAGUACGUGAACCAGAAGUCGCCGACUAUGCUGACCGGCCGCUCGAAGGACGUGUUCCGGCGGUCCUUAUCGGUGGCGGCGGAGCGCGAGGGGUACAUCUACUGCCUGACGGUGUCGACCGUGGACUCGGAGUGGCCGCAGCUGGAGGACGCGCUACGGACGACCGUUGAGUCGUUCAGACUGACGGAGCCCACUGGGGAGUACGUGCCUCCGUGGAAGGACCCCUGGUGGUUCUGGUAGGUGGGGAGCUCGGUGAGAGAGGCGAGAGAGGAGGGAGAUAGGAGGUGGACGGAUCUAAGGAACGGGUUUGGGCGGGGGGAAGUGCAGAGGAGUGGAUGGGUGCAGGGGUUUCGGGUUUUUACAGGAGAAGGGGAGGCAGCAGCAGCAGUCACAGCUGGGUGGAAGUCUCAAGCAUGAAGCUCAAAAGGUUGAAGCUUGGGUGUGCAGCUGAAACCAUGAUGCGGGCUGUGGCAAGGUUGUGCUCAUUUUUUGCCCCCAUUUUUGUUUUGACAGUAUGUGUGUUGGGUUAAAUUAGGGCAAAGAAUUACUGGAAAAGUUUAAUUAGGGCAAGACACUUUUUGGAACGGGUUAUCUUAGCCAAUGAGCCACGAUCCACUAACUACCGU